AUGUCGAAACUCGCUCCCUCCUCUUCGCAGAGGUUGAUGAACCUCUUGCACAAGACGUCAACCUCCGAAGUAGCUCCGAAGAUCGGGGCAGUCUCGCGUUUCCUUUAUGAGUCUGAGGCAUCUCCAGAACCAUCCCGCUCGUAUCUAGAUGGAAUCAUGGAAAAUGAAUGGAACCAGCGGGAAAUGGUCCAAGCUGUGAGUGAAAUUCCCAGCGAAUGUAAGAGGACAAACAUUUUGAAGUUUGAAUGUCCCAAUUCGUUAAUUACUAAAGCCGAUUUUGCCAAUAUAUACCCGAUCAAUAGAGAUAGACUCUUCAAGCUUGGUAGACAGUUUGACAAGGGUUUGGAAUUUGAAGUUGUCAAAGCCAGAAAUCCCGUGUCGCUUAUGUUUUCCAACAGCUACUAUCUUGUAUUCCCCAACUUUGUGCAUUCAGCGGUUUAUUUCCGCGAAACAGCUAAUAAACAGAUCAACGGUCAUAGACUCAAGCUAACUUUUGUGGAGCCAACUAUAGACGAGUUGAAAUACAUGGUGUCUCCUUUUCUUGCCAGCGACUACAGGGACAUGCUUUCUCGGAUGGAAGAACAUGUUGAGCACAAUGUCAAUAUAGCAUUCCGCGAUAUCUACAAAUAUAAUCCUACCACCUCGAAAAUCAUUAGUUCGUUGUUGAAACAGAGCCAACCACUCGAGGAAGAACUCAUGAACGUAGAACUGGUGAAUCCCAACUUCAAGUCAUUAACUAAACUUAUUAAUAGCCCAGUGAGAGCAUCUACCGUCCUUGUACGAAACCUUCCGUUUGGGUUAUCUAAGCAUACCAUACCUCGACUACUCUGGAACUAUGAGCUCAAUCUCAAGAAUCCAGUGACUUCUGUAGUUCAGGACCCUGUAAAACAAAUUAAUAUCCAACUAAUUCGAUUUCUCAACCCUACUGGUGCUACUAGGUUUGUUCAUAACUUCCAUGGAAGAAGAUGGGAUACCAUCCAGCACCAACGUCAGGAAAAGAAGCUUUAUGAUCCUAUAUUCUGUGAAAUAAUAAAUUAAUGAUUGUAAAUAGUGUAAAAUAGAUGAAACAUAUCAGUGC